AUGGCCUCUUACAUGAAUCUUCUCUCAGAUCCAAUCAUCAUAACAACAGUGACACCAUUAUUUUUACUCCUUGUUUUCCUAUAUGUCUACAAGCAACAACAAACAAAUGGGAGGAAAUAUUAUCCGGUUGGGGGGAAUGUUUUUGGCAUACUCAUUAACUUCAACACGAUGCAUGAUUACAUGGCUCAUCGAGCAGAAAAAUACAAAACUUACAGAAUGCUUAGCCCUUUGCAUCGUGAAAUUUUUACAAUUGAUCCCGUGAAUGUGGAAUAUAUACUCAAAACGAAUUUCAAAAAUUAUGGAAAGGGAACAUAUACCCGCGACAUUCUAAAGGAGCUACUUGGUGAUGGAAUAUUCACAGUCGAUGGGGACAAAUGGCGAGAACAGAGGAAGGUUUCGAGUCAUGAGUUCUCUACGACAGUCUUAAGAGAUUUUAGUAGUGUAAUUUUCAGAAACAAUACAAUAAAACUGGGGAACAUAUUGUCAGAAGCAGCAAACAACAUGCAAAUAGUCGAUAUAAACGAUUUAUUCUUGAAGACAACCAUGGAUUCAAUAUUUAAUGUUGGUUUUGGGAUUGAUCUUGAUAACAUGAGUGGUUCUAGUGAAGAAGGUGUCAGAUUCAGUCGUGCAUUUGAUGAUGCGAACACCUUAACAUAUCGAAGAUUUGUUGACGUAUUUUGGAAGAUAAAGAAAUAUCUGAAUAUUGGCUCCGAAGCGGAGUUGAAGAAAACUAUACAAAUCAUUGAUGAGUUCGUUUACAAGUUGAUCCAGAUCAAGACCGAAGAAAUGCAUAAGACAAAGAAUGAGCAUUCAGUCUUCAUAAAAAAGGACAUCCUAUCGAGGUUUCUGCAGAUCAAAGAUAAAGACCCAAAGUUCAUACGAGAUAUAAUACUAAACUUCGUACUUGCUGGUAAAGAUCCCAUAGGGCUUACUAUGUCUUGGUUCAUUUACAUGCUUUGCAAGCAUCCUGAUGUUCAAGAUAAGGUUGCAAAAGAAAUCAAAGAAGCAACGAACGUAAAAAAAGAUAUCAGAAAUGUUGCAGAUUUUGCUGCCCAUGUGAGUGAACUUGCGCUUGGGAAGAUGCAAUAUCUUCACGCAGCUUUGACAGAAACUAUCAGACUCUAUCCCGCAUUGCCAUUGGACCCAAAGAUAUGCUUUUCAGAUGAUGUUCUACCAGAUGGUGGUAUUGUGAAGAAAGGGGAUAUGGUAUCGUAUCUGCCAUAUGCAAUGGGGAGGAUGAAUUUCGUAUGGGGUGACGAUGCACUUGAGUUUAAACCAGAAAGGUGGCUUGAUGACAAUGGUUGCUUCCAUCCAGAGAGCCCCUUCAAAUUUACAGCAUUUCAGGCUGGGCUGAGGUCAUGUUUGGGUCAAGAUUUCGCAUAUAGGCAAAUGAAGAUAUUCUCAUCUAUCUUGUUAGGUUGUUUCGUAUUCAAGUUGAGUGAUGAUAACAAUAUUUCAAGAUACAGAACCUCGAUUAAUCUUCACGUCGAUGGUCCAUUGCAAAUUCGUGUUUUCAACAGAUUUGAUUUACCCAAUCCAUAA